GGGUGUCAGCUUGCAGCCGGGGCUCCUCCCUCCGGCCCCCCUGCCCCGCCGGGCGGUCCCUCCCUCCUUCCCCAUCGCCCCUCCCCGGCGGGCCAGGCGCUGGGACGCCCCGGCCGAGCAGGCGACUGUGGUGGCGGCGGCUAGUUGGGGAACCCUAGGCUCUGUGCUGCGGGACGAUCGGGAGCCGAGUGUCCCUUGUCCCGGCUGGGCGGUAUUGGGCCUGCUUCCCACCGAACCACGCCCUGUCAAAACUUUGUCGCUGCAGCGGCCAAACGAUCGGAGCCCGGCCAGCAAGCGGGAGGGAGGGGCGCCGGGCCGGGCCAGGCAGGGCGCGGGGCUCCGAGAGCAGCGGCCCCGGCCCGUGGCCCCACCAUGCCCCAGCUCGGUGGUGGCCGCGGUGGCGGCGCCGGCGGGGGAGGCGGUGGCUCCGGAGCCGGGGCAACCAGCGGAGGGGACGAUCUCGGAGCGAACGACGAGCUGAUCCCCUUCCAGGACGAGGGGGGCGAAGAGCAAGAGCCGAGCAGCGACAGCGCUUCGGCGCAACGGGACCUGGAUGAGGUCAAGUCGUCCCUGGUCAACGAGUCGGAGAAUCAGAGCAGCAGCUCGGACUCGGAGGCGGAGAGGCGCCCGCAGCCUGCCCGGGACGCUUUCCAGAAGCCGCGCGACUAUUUUGCCGAAGUGAGAAGGCCCCAGGACGGCGCUUUCUUUAAGGGACCUGCGUACCCUGGGUACCCCUUCCUGAUGAUUCCUGACCUGAGCAGCCCGUACCUCUCUAAUGGGCCCCUGUCUCCUGGUGGAGCGCGCACCUACCUGCAGAUGAAAUGGCCUCUCCUCGAUGUCCCCUCCAGUGCUACAGUCAAGGACACGAGAUCACCAUCGCCAGCACACUUGUCUGGGGAUCCUGCCCGUUGGAUGGUGCCUCCCACAUUCAGGUCCAACAAGGUUCCUGUUGUCCAGCACCCUCAUCACAUGCACCCGUUGACACCCCUCAUCACCUACAGCAACGACCACUUCUCCCCCGCUUCCCCUCCCACGCAUCUCUCCCCAGAGAUCGAUCCAAAGACAGGAAUCCCCCGGCCCCCUCAUCCAUCUGAGCUGUCGCCGUAUUACCCGCUGUCUCCAGGAGCUGUUGGACAAAUCCCCCAUCCCCUCGGCUGGCUGGUCCCACAGCAAGGACAGCCCAUGUACUCACUCCCUCCUGGUGGUUUCCGGCAUCCUUACCCUGCCCUCGCCAUGAACGCCUCAAUGUCCAGCCUGGUCUCAAGUCGGUUCUCCCCACACAUGGUGGCCCCUGCCCAUCCUGGCCUGCCCACCUCAGGAAUCCCCCACCCUGCCAUCGUCUCCCCCAUCGUGAAGCAGGAGCCAGCGCCCCCCAGUCUGAGCCCUGCAGUGAGUGCAAAAUCCCCGGUUACCGUGAAAAAGGAGGAAGAGAAGAAGCCUCAUGUGAAGAAGCCUCUGAAUGCCUUCAUGUUGUAUAUGAAGGAGAUGAGGGCCAAGGUGGUGGCUGAGUGCACCCUGAAGGAAAGCGCGGCCAUUAACCAAAUCCUGGGAAGAAAGUGGCACAACCUGUCUAGAGAAGAACAGGCCAAAUACUACGAGCUUGCCAGGAAAGAACGGCAGCUUCAUGCGCAGCUCUACCCAACCUGGUCAGCCCGGGACAACUAUGGUAAGAAGAAGAAGAGGAAGAGAGAAAAGCAGCUGUCCCAGACACAGUCCCAGCAGCAAAUCCAGGAGGCAGAGGGUGCUCUGGCCUCCAAGAGCAAGAAGCCAUGUAUUCAGUACCUGCCCCCUGAGAAGCCUUGCGAUAGCCCUGCCUCUUCCCAUGGCAGCACGCUGGACUCGCCUGCAACUCCCUCCGCAGCCUUGGCAUCGCCAGCUGCCCCUGCGGCCACCCACUCCGAGCAAGCCCAGCCCUUGUCCCUCACCACCAAACCGGAGACCCGAGCCCAGCUGGCUCUCCAUUCGGCUGCCUUCCUGGCCGCUAAGGCCACAGCCAGUAACUCCAGCCAGAUGGGCAGCCAGCCGCCACUCCUAUCCAGGCCCUUGCCCCUGGGCUCCGUGCCUACUGCUCUGCUGACCUCUCCCCCUUCCUUCCCAGCUACCCUCCAUGCCCACCAGGCCCUCCCCGUGCUACAAGCCCAGCCUCUUUCCUUGGUCACCAAGUCUGCCCACUAAUCCACCCCCUGUUCUAUGCAGGCUGACUCGGGACUCCAAGUAGGAAUGAUUCAGAAGAGAGGAGGGGAUAAAAGGAAACAUUAUUGGUCAAUAUUUGACCACUCUGGACUGUUCUGUAAAGUGACUGGUAACGGCAGUGCUUUACGACUAUAGAUGUAACCAACAGCUGAUCUUCAGGCUUUUUUUAAAAAAAGAAAAAAAAAUACAAAAUAAAACCUUCAUCACCCCCGCCUCCCCAAAUCUUCACAAGAAAGCACUGAAAAGCAGUGUGUUGCUCUCGCCCCCUGCGCUGUGGUGGGUAUUCCUGGGCGGAAGAUGCCUCUCUACCUCUUCUCUUCCUGACUUUCUGCCCUCCCUUGUCCUCACCGGUCCCACCUACCCUAGCUCCCCCACCGCAUCUGCCAUGUUGCCUGGCCUGGAGUCCUAGCCUGGCUCCCUUCCUCCAGGUCACUCUUGUUCCCUAGCACAAGUUUUUGUCAUGUCCAACACCAGUUCAUGCCCCUCUGUCCUCUGCCCAUUGUAAGGCCAUGAUCACGUGUGAUGACAUACAUCUUGGCCUGAUCCAUUCCCACCAGCAUCCCCCUCUCCUUCGGGCCCCAGUGGGCCAGCCUCCGAGAGCUCUCGUGGUGGGGAAAGAGGUCCUUCCUCUGAAAUGGUCCCCCAACCCUGCAUUUAAAAUGACUCAAGGUGCCUCCAAGAAGUCUUGUGUUCCUUUCGGUGCACAGUUGAGUCUUCCUGCCUCGCAGUCUUAGUUCCCACUGCCUGGCUCCUGUCCUUCAGUGUGUGCUAGUACAAUCUGCCGAAGUUCUAAGACCCUCUGCCCCUCCCCCCACCACCUCCACAAGCUUCUUCUGUGUGUAUUUCAUUUUGUUUUUAUGGUUUUUGGAGCAAUUUAAACUCCCAGUUUAUUUUCACAAAAGAAAAUAAAAUUACAGUUGCAAGAC